UAUUUUAUUAUAAUCAAAUGCCUAUUUUUUAAAUAAAUGCAAAACAGUAGUUGAUGUCGAAAUCUAACGUGUAUAGAAUAUUUUACUGCGUUUUUCGUAUUUAACUAAAAUCACACUAAAACGUAACUAAAACAUAAAUACCAGUACAGCUAGCAUCUGUUCAUUUAUUAGGUCCAUAUCUGUUCUGAAUUGCUUUUGUACCUAUCAGCUUUAUUUACGCAGCUAAAGUACUGGAUUUUGACAAGUAGUAGAAGGAGGUUGAGUGUAAGAAAAAACGCAGUAGUUAAUUUUAAAAUUCCAAAUAAUAAACUAACACGUUGUUCGCUUAAAUGUUGACUAUUAUUGUAGUUAUAUACGCACAAAUACGUUCUGAAUAGACGUUUCUGUCCCCAGCGCUCUGCGAUGAACCACAGAUCUACAACUUAUCUGGACUGCUGCUCUGAGCGGACGUUGGCCCCGGAGACGAUUUACAGAUCAGCGAACGGGUUCAACUUCCGGCGUCGUCCUCUUUAACUUCCCCUGAAAACAACACCACGUGCGCGUGGAUUAACCGGGAAAGGGUCAGUCCCGCGUGCACUUACACCGGCCGUAGGACUAGAAAGGGUCGUUUUCCGGGAACCUUGGACGUUAACGGACACCGCUGGUGAGAAGAAGGACUGUGCAUAAUGAGUUUUGUGGAGUAUGGAGACCUCAUCCAGGAUGGGGACAUCGCCAUCGUGUAUUUGAGCCACGACUCGAUGAUGGCUGUUAAGGUCCAGCAGGGCGCCCAGACGCAGACCCGCUACGGGGUCAUUCGCCACUCCACGGACCUGAUAGGUCAGCGUUACGGGUCGAAGGUCACCUGCAGUAAAGGUGGGUGGGUCCACGUGCUCCACCCGACACCUGAGCUGUGGACGGUCUGCCUGCCACACCGCACACAGAUCCUCUACACCACCGACAUCGCAACCAUCACCAUGAUGCUGGAGCUGAAGCCGGGCUCCAUCGUCUGCGAGUCAGGCACCGGCAGUGGCUCGCUCUCCCACGCCAUCCUGCGGACCAUCGCGCCCACCGGUCACCUCCACACCGUAGAGUUCCACCAGCAGCGGGCUGAGAAGGUGGCCGAGGAGUUCAAGGAGCACCGCGUGGAUCACCUGGUCACGGUCAGGAACCAGGACGUGUGCAAGGAUGGGUUUGGAGUGACCGGAGUGGCGGAUGCCGUGUUCCUGGACAUCCCCAAACCCUGGGAGGCGGUGGGGCACGCCAAGGCCGCUAUGAGGAAACAAGGAGGUCGGGUGUGUUCGUUCUCUCCGUGCAUCGAGCAGGUUCAGAAGACGUGUGAGGCGCUGGCAGAUCAGGGCUUUCAGGAGAUCAGCACCUUGGAGGUCCUGCUGAGGGUCCACGACGUUCGGACCGUCUCGCUGCCGCUGCCCGACUUCGGCCCCGAUCCCUCCGCUCCGGCCCGGCCCGACACCAAGGAGCAGAAUCACGCCUCUGUCACCCUGAAGACCACCACACCACCCAGGGAAAUGCCGGGCCACACGGGUUAUCUCACCUUCGCUACCAAACCCAGACUCUAAGGCUCAGGAGCCGGAGAUGUGCUCCGUAAUCCGUAGUUCGUGCCUCACUGUGGAUUAUUUUCCAUGAAGUUAAUACAGCUGUGAUUAUCCAGCAGAGGUACCAGGUUCCCCCCGGUCCCAGCGGACGUUGAGGUACCAAGAGGAUUUACAGUUUUGCGUUACAUAAUUCAAUGUUCCCGUCACUUGGCGCUGCUUUGUCGCUUGCAUCAAGCACGAGUGAGAAUGGAGUCGACACCAGUUUCAUUUGAGAAGAAAGACCCUGCCUCCACUUUUAUACUAAAAGACAUUUUAAUUAAGGCUUUCCUUUUGUAGGUGGAAGAAACAUUAUUAUUUACAUUUUACAUUUUUGCACGUUUGUAUUUGAGUAAAUACAAUAAAUGUGUGAAGACUC